AUGUCUUUUAAGCCUUGGGAUAGACAAGUGGAUGGUUACCAAGAAGCUGAAAAAAUAUGCCUUGUGUAUGUUUCGGAAGUGGACGGUACCGGACAUUCAGAAGAAACACGCCUCGUGUGUGUCUCUAGGAGUACGGUCAAUACGGGCUCCCUUACUCAGGAUUAA